AUGCCCGAGUUUAUUCCCAACGGGAGCCGCGAUGCUACCAUCGCUCCGUCAGGCAGCCACGGCCUGCCUCCUCCUUCGCCUUCAGGCUCAGUGUCCGGCCCAGGAGGUUCUGCGGCGCCAUCAAACUCUUCAGCACGGCACAGAAACCUACUGCGAGACACGUGGCUAGAUCAAACUCGAGAGCAGUUCGACGACCUUUCCACGGGUCUUCGAGACCGGAUCCUCGCCCUUGUCAAGAAAUACCAUCCAGGGAUGCCCACUGGUGAGAAUCGAUGGUACUAUGGGUCCUAUAAUCUUAGCAUCGCAUUCAACUUCUACGAUGAGUCGGCCGGUCCAAGUAUUGCCAUGUUUCGCGUGCCGAUCCCUGGCCUGGUAGCGUUCCCCGAGGAAAAGGCCCGCGCAGAGGUCGCAACGAUGCUCCAUGUUGCAGAGCACACCACCAUACGUGUGCCUCGUGUAUACCACUGGGGAUCGGCCGCCGACAACCCCACAGGGCUUGAUCUGCCCUUUAUGGUCGUGGAGUUUAUCCCCCAUUCCUACGACAUGGGCACUCUCCUGGCUGAGCCGGAGCUUGUCCAACGGCCGGAACUGGGGGGAGACGUCAACCUGAUCAAGGACCACUUGUUCCGCCAGCUAGCAAAUGUACACAUCCAGCUAUCUCAGCUCCAUUCACCAAGCAUCUCUGCCCUCGAUGUCGUGGACGGCCGCGGCGUCCCAGGCGGGGCCCCCAAGUCAUUCCUCCUGAGCAACCAGAUCACGUCGUAUCAUGUCCCCGAAUCUCUCUUCGCCCCGGAUAUCACUACUGCCAAAACGAUCUCGACAUCUCGACAAUGGCACAUAUCCAUUGCAGAGACGUACAUCGCCGGGCUCCUCUACGACACAGACCCCGAGAAGGACGAGGAGGACAUUCGCGACAGCUUCGUGGCGCGGUAUCUCUUCCGCCAGCUGGCCAAGAACCGCAGACUCCCACAGCGUCCGGAAGACGAUGGAUCCGCGUCAGAAGAAACGAAGGAGUCAUUCCGGCUCUGGUGCGAUGACUUUAGGCCGCAUAAUGUCCUUUGCAACGACCAAGGUGACGUCCAGGGCGUGAUCGACUGGGAAUUUGUGUACUUUGCGCCCGAGUCCUAUAUCUACGACCCCCCGUUUUGGGUCAUCAUGGACCGGGACCCAGGGGCUGUGCUUGAAAAUUUUGACAUCAGAUUAGCCCGCAAGGAGAACAUUGGGAGCGAAGAGGGAAAUAUCAAAGACACUGGGGCUCAGGACCAAGACGGACAGGUCCAAGGCAAAGAGGACCUGUCAAAAAACAGCCAUCGCAUUGACUUUGAACUGGCGAAGGACAUCGAAAACAACCGGCUGAUGUUCAUGCGUGCACUGCAGCAGCAGGAGCGGGAAUUCUAUAGGGAGCGGAUAAAAUCGACGCUGAAUGGCGAUCCGCAGUCCUAUCACCACAGCGACGGCGUCGCAGAGCAAGUCUCACGUCUCAGCAUCCAGGACAAAGAUUCGAUACCCACUCCCCUUUAUGACGGCAUGACAAAGCGCUGGGCGGCACAGCGGAGCGAGUACCUGUGGAACUUCACAUACAGGUGGGACAGGGAAGAAUUUGAUGGGUGGUACUGGGAUGAGAUUGACCGUGAACAUGGUGGCGAGUGGGGCGAUUACCGUGACAGACUCGGGCUGCUACCGCAGCAGGUGAAGGAUCUCAUGGAAUGGUUUGUGCACAAGCGGAUGAGAGAGAGGGAUCAGUGGGACCCUAAGGAACUGAUGGAGGCUGUUCUUGGGCAGAUGGAUGGAACGGGGCCGUUUAUUACCACCGUUGAUCAGACCUCCGGUUCGUAG